CUCAGAUCAUCGAUGACGAUGGCCCUUCCCGCCGUCGGCCAGCGCUUCUCCCAGGGCUCGUCGCGCGGCACGGUCCGGUAUGUGGGCCCCGUGCCGCCCACUGCUGGUGUCUGGCUCGGCGUCGAGUGGGACGAUGCUAGUCGAGGAAAGCACGACGGCGUGCAUGGUGGGACGCGCUACUUUACUUGCCGAAUCAAAGGGUCAGGCUCAUUCAUCAGGCCCACGAACAAGGUCUCGUACGGCUCAUCGUUUCUCAAGGCGCUCAGGCACAAGUACGUCGGAGCGUACAAGCAGCCAUCGCCUGACGAGAGAAUAGCGUACUCGAGGAGGAACCUGGCCGAGAUCGAGGUCGAGAUGCCCAACAUGGACGCCGUCGCGAAGCGGGCAGAAAAGCUCGGAAAGCUCCGAGAGGUCGGUCUGGGAGGCUGGAGGAGGGUCGAAGGCGCAGAGGAGACGGCUGAGGACCAGGUCGAGGUCGCUCGCGCCUAUGAUGAUGACGAAGAAGAAGUGGAAGGCAAGAAGAUUGCAGAGACGUGUGCUAACAUACGAUGGCUCGACCUCUCCCGGUCGCUUCUUCCGUCCUGGGCGGAGCUGUCGAGAAUCGCCAUUGGCCUCCGUCAUCUCGACACGCUUGUGCUCCACUUCAAUCGCUUCGCUGAGCUCGUCGAGGACAGUGAUGACAGCAUACAAAGUGGUGCUUUUGCUUCAGUCAAGGAUCUGCGCCUCGAUGGCUGCGUCAUCGACUGGGAGCAGGUUGCACGAUUGAGCUGGCACUUUCCGAAUCUCGAAGUUCUUCAGCUGGGCAGCAAUCGCAUCAACCAUCUCGGUGGACGACCAGACGUGCCAGUCUUCCCGCGGCUGCGUAUGCUCAAUCUCGAAGGAAACGAGCUGCACGAGUGGUCAGAGCUGGCGCACUCGCUCGGGACCUUACCGAACCUUGAUCGAUUGAUUCUCUCGUCAAACAAAAUCUCGAGCAUCGGAGCGCCUGAGCCAGAGACGGGCAAGCUCUUUGUCACGCUUCGACAUGUUUCCCUCGUCGAUAACCCCAUCGCGAGCUGGAGCGACCUCGAGAACCUCGACAGAUGGGUGGCGGGCGGUAUUCAGAGCCUCUCCAUUGGCGGCGACAGUUGUCCACUGACGUCCGGCGUCGACUCCAAGGAUCUCCGUCCCCUGGCGAUUGCCCGCCUCGGCCGCUUGGAGCACCUCAAUGGCGCAGAAAUCAAGCCAGUGGAGCGGAGAGAUGCAGAGCUGUUUUACCUGUCGACAGUCCAAAAGGAGACAGGGUUCUCUCCACAGCAACACCCGCGCGUGCAAUUUCUCAUGGACAAGCACGGAGUGACUGCUGCGACACCGCAAGAGAAGACAGACGCUGGCACACUCCGGUCCAAACUGCUGACACUGCGAGUCCACCUCUGUCGCGCCGCGCCGACAGCGAAUGCGCCCCACUUGGUGCAGCUCGUCCGCUCCGCCGACGUCGACCUGCUCACGACGGUGCCCCUGCGCGCGCUCCGGACAAAGAUGGCCCGCAGCGUCGGCCUGUCCGGCGGCGCAAAGGCCAUCAGCGCGCUCUGGGCCCUCCUCGGCCCGCACAUUGAUGCUGAACAAGCCACAGCGCAGGCACUUCGCGACGAGAUGCGGCCAAAUGACGCUGCUGCGGCAGCGGCUGCCGAAGAGAGGAUCGUGUAUGAGAUGGACGAGGCAGGAAAGGACCUGAGGGACUACAACUUAUCAAGAGGCGAUGAGAUUGUCAUUGUCAGCGAGGAUGCAGCAGCAGCUUAACAUAAUUUUUGAUAGACAAUGCAAAUGGUGACGAGCAAACG